CAAACUUUUGUCUGCACUUGUUUUGUUGAACUAAACUUUUUUUUUACAACCAGCAAACAACACGUUUAAUAUCUGACUAGAUGCAGAUAUUUAUAAAAGACACUUCACGUCGCUGUUAUCCACAAAAACAAUCCUAAACCAUGUCGUCAUAUUUACAAGCCUUUUCUAUUGGUUGCCGGUCGGAGGGGCGUGUUCGUGUGACGCGCUGACGCAGGCCAGAAAACACGCCUUUUUUUUCAGCCUGCGGGAGAGAGAAAAAAAAGGCGGAUUUGGGAUUUAACCUCAUAUUUCGUUUCAGUAACAACGAACGUUUUCCCUAAAAAUGACUUGUGUGACAUUUUUUUAUCUUUUUCUCUGCGCCAUGAUGGACGGCGUGCGCGGCGUCACUCAUUAUUCCGUGCCGGAAGAGAUGGAGGAAGGCUCCGUCGUUGCUAAUUUGGCGUCCGAUUUGGGAUUGGACGUGAGGACGCUGGGCGAAAGGAAAAUGCGCAUCGACGUGGUCGCCAAUAAAAAAUACCUGGAGAUCAACAAGGAGACUGGAGAGCUUUUUAUUAUGGAGAAAAUAGACAGGGAGCUGCUGUGUCCUUUGAAAACAACGUCUUAUUGUUCUCUCAAAUUAGACGCAACGAUUGAGAGUCCGAUACGGAUGUUCAACAUUGAAGUGGAAAUCACUGAUAUCAACGACAAUGCGCCUCAUUUCCGUCGCGGCACCAUGCACCUGGACAUCUCCGAGGCCAGCCCUGUGGGAGAGAGGUUCUCCCUGAAUAACGCCGUGGAUCCAGACGUUGGAGACAACUCCGUGCAGGACUACCACCUGAGCUCCAGCCAGCAUUUUAACAUCGAGAUUCAGACGGGAAGAGACGGCUCCAAGUUUGCCGAUUUAAUCCUAACAAAGAUGCUGGACAGAGAGCAGCAGGCCGUCCAUCAUCUCAUCCUCACCGCCGUGGACGGCGGAGUUCCCACGCGCACGGGCACGGCCAGCAUCAUUGUUCGAGUCCUGGAUGUCAACGACAACGCCCCGACGUUCAGUCAAGACAAACACUCGGUGGACGUCAUGGAGAACUCUCCUAUUGGCAGUUUGGUGAUUGAACUGAACGCCACCGACUUGGACGAAGGCUCCAAUUCGGAUGUGCGUUAUUCGUACAGUUUGUACACGUCAGAAAGAACGCAGAACAUGUUCAGUUUGAAUCAGGACAACGGGGAAGUCCGAGUGAAAGAGAUGAUUAAUUAUGAAGAUUUAAAAGUGUAUGAAAUGGAAGUCAUAGCGAGCGACAAGGGGGUGAAUUCCUUAUCUAGUCAGUGUAAAGUAAUCAUACAGGUGACGGACAUGAACGACAACCACCCUGAAAUUUCUAUUAAGUCGUUUCUGAGUCCGAUGAAUGAAAACACACCCGUUGACACGGUGAUAGCAGUGGUCAGUGUGAGUGAUAAGGACUCAGGUGACAAUGGAGUCGUGGAUCUUCACAUUCCUCGUAAAAUGCCUUUUAAACUGAGGGAGUCCUCUGAUAACUAUUACGAGUUAGUGGUCUCCGAGCCAUUAGACCGUGAGAAGGUUCCAGAAUAUGACAUCACCUUCACUGUCACAGACCGAGGCUCCCCUUCUUUGAGUGACAAUGAAACGAUGACUUUACAGCUGCUGGAUGUGAAUGAUAAUGUUCCACACUUCCCUCAGUCCUUUUAUACUAUACGUGUGAUGGAGAAUAACGCUCCUGGCGCCUUGCUCAGUUCACUCAGUGCGUUUGACCCUGACCUCCAUGAGAACCAGUACCUAGUUUACUUCAUCCUAGAGAAGGAGAUAGCCAACACCUCCAUGUCCAUGUUGUUCUCCAUCAAUCCAGAGAACGGGAACCUUUACGCACUAAAGACUUUUGACUAUGAGAUGGAGAAGGAUUUUCUUUUCCACAUUGAGGCCAGAGACUCUGGCUCUCCUCCACUCAGCAGCAACGUCACAGUCCACAUCAUCAUCGUGGACCAGAACGACAACGCUCCGGUUAUUGUCUCUCCUUGGCGAGCGCACGGCUCCGUGGUGGAGGAGAAGAUCCCCAGAUCCACUGAUAAAGGAUCUCUGGUUGCCAAGGUGAUAGCUUUGGACGUGGACUCGGUGCACAACUCUCGUAUCACCUACCACUUCCUGCAGGUGACUGAUGCCACCUUGUUCAGUCUGGACCAGUACAACGGAGAGAUCCGAACCAUGAGGAUGUUCAGUUACAAAGAUCCUCGCCACCAGAGACUGGUUGUUGUUGCCAAGGACAACGGGGAUCCGGCUCUCUCUGCUACAGUCACCAUCAAGCUGUCCACGAUGGAGACUGCUGUGAAGGCCUACUCGGACAUGACUGAGGUCCCCAUGGAAUACGACAUCUUCUCAGACCUCAACCUGUAUUUGGUCAUCGGUCUGGGCUCGGUGUCCUUCCUGCUGCUCAUCACCAUCUUGGUCACCAUCGUGCUCAAGUGUCAGAAUACCAAACCCAGCAUGGCGGCUCCGCCCAGCAGGAACAGUGUGAUCAGUGAGAGGAACUCCACCAUCGCAGAUUCCACUCUGGUGUCCAACGACGCCUACUGGUACAGUCUGUUUCUGGCAGAGACCAGGAAAGGAAAGAUGGUGGUCCGGCAGCCUGUGCCAAAGGGUUCCAGAUACAUCGUGUCCAGUAUUCCCAGGAGCACAGGCAUGUCUGAGACUAGUGGAUCUGCUCCUUCAACCUUGCAGUACCCAAAAUGAGGGAAGUCCACUCUGCAGCAUGGAGGCAUCCACAACCCGUAGCACCAGAUCUACAUAAGGCCAGAACUCCGUCGGACCGAUCCUGAUGGGAGAGCUCCAUCGACAUGGCUUUCAUGCCCUUCAUGCUCAGCUUGGUUCUUCACUCGAGACCAGGAUGGACUAGCCCCGACUUAUUACCCCUCUAUUCUUUCGUUAAGCACAUGAAAAGCCAAUUGAAGCCUUUCUAAUAAUCUCUUCAUGGUGCAUGAUAUGACUGCAUGGCUUCAACAACGCUCAAAAGAUCUUUCAUCCCGGCCUGAGCAAAUGUAAAGGAGAUGCCAAGGAAUAGAGUGGACUGUGUGGAUGGUCCAAGAAGCCAAAAAUCAAUAAGUGGACAAUGGAAUAUUGAAGAGAGUUGCCCUUCUUAAAAAGGAACGCCCAUGUGUAGUUUUCACUUGCAUAUAUGAACUUGUUGUGUUGUCCAUUAUCCGCAUUAAUGACAGUUAAAAAGGCACAAUUUACGACAAAAAAGCACCGAUGGGAUGUUUUUUUUAAAAAUCCAAAUUUUGUAAAUAGUGAUUUUAGGUCUUUUGAAUGACAUUGUGCUUUAUAUGUGGGGUAUGGGUUCAGAGUGAUUUGUUCACAUGAAUUUAGUAGGAUUAUGCACAAACCCCGUUUUCAUAUGAGUUGGGAAAUUGUGUUAGAUGUAAAUAUAAACGGAAUACAAUGAUUUGCAAAUAAUUUUCAACCCAUAUUCAGUUGAAUAUGCUACAAAGACAACAUAUUUGAUGUUCGAACUGUUUUUGCAAAUAAUCAUUAACUUUAGAAUUUGAUGCCAGCAACACGUGACAGAGAAGUUGGGAAAAGUGGCAAUAAAUACUGAUAAAGUUGAGGAAUGCUCAUCAAACACUUAUUUGGAACAUCCUACAGGUGAACAGGUGAAUUGGGAACAGGUGGGUGCCAUGAUUGGGUAUAAAAGUAGAUUCCAUGAAAUGCUCAGUCAUUCACAAACAAGGAUGGGGCGAGGGUCACCACUUUGUCAACAAAUGUGUGAGCAAAUUGUUGAACGGUUUAAGAAAAACCUUUCUCAACCAGCUAUGACAAGGAAUUUAGGGAUUUCACCAUCUACGGUCCGUAAUAUCAUCAAAUGGUUCAGAGAAUCUGGAGAAAUCACUGCACGUAAGCAGCUAAGCCCGUGACCUUCGAUCCCUCAGGCGGUACUGCAUCAACAAGCGACAUCAGUGUGUAAAGGAUAUCACCACAUGGGCUCAGGAACACUUCAGAAACCCACUGUCAGUAACUACAGUUGGUCGCUACAUCUGUAAGUGCAAGUUAAAACUCUCCUAUGCAAGGCGAAAACCGUUUAUCAACAACACCCAGAAACGCCGUCAGCUUCGCUGGGCCUGAGUUCAUCUAAGAUGGACUGAUACAAAUUGGAAAAGUGUUUUGUGGUCUGACGAGUCCACAUUUCAAAUUGUUUUUUGGAAACUGUGGACGUCGUGUCCUACGGUCCAAAGAGGAAGAGAACCAUCCGGAUUGUUAUAGGCGCAAAGUUGAAAAGCCAGCAUCUGUGAUGGUAUUGGGGUGUAUUAGUGCCCAAGACAUGGGUAACUUACACAUCUGUGAAAGCGCCAUUAAUGCUGAAAGGUACAUACAGGUUUUGGAGAAACAUGUUGCUAUCCAAGCAACGUUACCAUGAACGCCCCUGCUUAUUUCAGCAAGACAAUGCCAAGCCACGUGUUACAUCAACGUGGCUUCAUAGUAAAAGAGUGCGGGUACUAGACUGGCCUGCAUGUAGUCCAGACCUGUCUCCUAUUGAAAAUAUGUGGCGCAUUAUGAAGCCUAAAAUAGCACAACGGAGACCCCCGGACUGUUGAACAACUUAAGCUGUACAUCAAGCAAGAAUGGGAAAGAAUUCCACCUGAGAAGCUUAAAAAAUGUGUCUCCUCAGUUCCCAAACGUUUACUGAGUGUUGUUAAAAGGAAAGGCCAUGUAACACAGUGGUGAACAUGCCCUUUCCCAACUACUUUGGCAAUAAAUUAAUUAUUAUUUGCAAAAAAAAAAAUAAUGUUUAAGAGUUUUAACAUCAAAUAUGUUGUCUUUGUAGUGCAUUCAACUGAAUAUGGGUUGAAAAGGAUUUGCAAAUCAUUGUAUUCCGUUUAUAUUUACAUCUAAAACAAAUUUCCCAACUCAUAUGGAAACAGGGUUUGUACAACAAUAAGUCACUGCAAUUAGCAGGCAACUGACUUGAAAUGUAUUUUUAAAGUUCCAACUGCUUGGAAAUGGUGGCCAGAUGUAUAAAGUGUUGCACAUGGAAAUUAGUCCAUUAAUUGUAAAGCAGUGCUGGACUUUUCCAUGGCCAAGUAUUUCACGUGAACAAGUACGUUGAAUACAAACAAGUGGGGCCUGUAAUUAAUAUGCACCUGCCAUUCACUCUUUUUUAUUUUUGCAUGCAAUAACCAUAUACAGUAAGUUUUAUUUUACAGUACGUGUUGUAUUGUUAAUAUUUGUAGCAAUAUACAAGAGGGACCAACAGUAUAACAAGUGUUUGUUUGCAAACUACAAUCACAGUGAUGAGUGAGCUUGGAAGUUAAGAAGAAACUAAAGUGUGUAGAUAUAACAAACACGUUGUUUAUUUAUUUAUUUUUUUUCAUUUAAGAAGCCAAACUGUGGAUGUUCUUUAAUAUCAACCAUGUCUGAUGUUGUACCACUCAGUUCUAAAUCAGUGGUUCUUAACCUGGGUUCGAUGGAACCCUUGGGGUUCGGUGAGUCGGGCUCAGGGGUUCGGCGGACGUCGAGACACACCCGGCUCAUCGUGUAUAUACAAACUUCUCCCAAUCGGCGUAUUACGAAUAAGGCAACUGAUUUACAGAUGUGUAAUUUGUUGUGAGUUUAUGCACUGUGUUGGUUUUGUUCUUUGAACAAGGUGAUGUUCAUGCACGGUUCAUUUUGUGCACCAGUAAAAAAAACAUGGUAACAUUUUAGUAUGGGGAACAUAUUCACCAUUAAUUAGUUGCUUAUUAACAUGCAAAUUAGUAACAUAUUGGCUCUUAACUAGUCAUUAUUAAGUAUUUAUUAAUGCUUUAUUCGGCAUGGCCUUAUUAUAACCCUAACCCUCUAACCCGAACCCUAACCAAAUAACUCUAAAUUAAGUCUUUGUUACUUAGAAUAUGUUCCCCAUACUAAAGUGUUACCAAAAAUGUAUAACUUUGUCUUGAAUUUGAAAAAAAUACAUUUUAUUUUUCACUAAAGAAGGGUUCGGUGAAUGUGCAUAUGAAACUGGUGGGGUUCGGGACCUCCAACAAGGUAAAGAACCACUGGUCUGAAUGUUUUACAAUACUGGAAUGUUGUGCAUUUUUAAUCGAACCGAAUCAGUUGUCAUGAGUUAUGUAUACCUGCAAUGCAACUACAAAUACACUGUUAUUUUUGUGUUGUUGUUAAGAUGCAUGGAAAGCGAUGUUUUUCACUUUCUUAUUGAUUAUCAAGGUACAGCGUCAAGAAACGAAGCAAUUCAAAAACAGCUUGUAAUUUCAGUAUAAUUACACUGCAUUUGAUGAAGCAUCGUAAUGUAUUAACCCUUGUGUAAUGUUCAUAUUGUUGUUACUCGGCCAGCGUUUGUGGGUCUGAUGGAGCCGUUGCAUUUUGUGGCUUUUAAUGCCUCACAAUCAAACACGUUUAUGUUAAAAUACUGAACAGAGGUUUACCUUAUCCCAAUAAACAUCUGUUCAGUAUUUUAAAGGGGAACAUUAUCACCAGACCUAUGUAAGCGUCAAUAUAUACCUUGAUGUUGCAGAAAAAAGACCAUAUAUUUUUUUAACCGAUUUCCGAACUCUAAAUGGGUGAAUUUUGGCGAAUUAAACGCCUUUCUAUUAUUCGCUCUCGGAGCGAUUGUGACGUCACAUCGGGAAGCAAUCCGCCAUUUUCUCAAACACCGAGUCAAAUCAGCUCUGUUAUUUUCCGUUUUUUCGACUGUUUUCCGUACCUUGGAGACAUCAUGCCUCGUCGGUGUGUUGUCGGAGGGUGUAACAACACGAACAGGGACGGAUUCAAGUUGCACCAGUGGCCCAAAGAUGCGAAAGUGGCAAGAAAUUUCGCACACUUUACCGACGAAAGCUAUGCUACGACAGAGAUGGAAAGAAUGUGUGGAUAUCCUGCGACACUGAAAGCAGAUGCAUUUCCAACGAUAAAGUCAAAGAAAUCUGCCGCCAGACCCCCAUUGAAUCUGCCGGAGUGUGUGAGCAAUUCAGGGACAAAGGACCUCGGUAGCACGGCAAGCAAUGGCGGCAGUUUGUUCCCGCAGAUGAGCGAGCUAAACCCGCUAUCGACCCUAGCUUCCCUGGCCUGCUGACAUCAACUCCAAAACUGGACAGAUCAGCUUUCACGAAAAGAGCGCGGAUGAGGGUAUGUCUACAGAAUAUAUUAAUUGAUGAAAACUGGGCUGUCUGCACUCUCAAAGUGCAUGUUGUUGCCAAAUGUAUUUCAUAUGCUGUAAACCUAGUUCAUAGUUGUUAGUUUCCUUUAAUGCCAAACAAACACAUACCAAUCGUUGGUUAGAAGGCGAUCGCCGAAUUCGUCCUCGCUUUCUCCCGUGUCGCUGGCUGUCGUGUCGUUUUCGUCGGUUUCGCUUGCAUACGGUUCAAACCGAUAUGGCUCAAUAGCUUCAGUUUCUUCUUCAAUUUCGUUUUCGCUACCUGCCUCCACACUACAACCAUCCGUUUCAAUACAUGCCUAAUCUGUUGAAUCGCUUAAGCCGCUGAAAUCCGAGUCUGAAUCCGAGCUAAUGUCGCUAUAGCUUGCUGUUCUUUCCGCCAUGUUUGUUUGUGUUGGCAUCACUGUGUGACGUCACAGGAAAAUGGACGGGUGGUUAAAAUCAGGCACUUUGAAGCUUUUUUUAGGGAUAUUGCGUGAUGGAUAAAAUUUUGAAAAAAGCUUCGAAAAAUAUAAUAAGCCACUGGGAACUGAUUUUUAAUGGUUUUAACCCUUCUGAAAUUGUGAUAAUGUUCCCCU